GCGGAGAUUUAAUUUGACGAGAAACAGAGGGGGGUGUUGAAGAUGAUCAUCUUGGACCUCUAUAAAUAGGCUCUUUCUGUAAUCUACUGAUUGAUCAAACAGAUAAAUCAAAUCAUCUAUCAUCCAAUAGGCGAAACAUUCACAAAGAAAAGCUUCAGAGAUGGCCACCAAAUUAUAUAUCGUGUACUACUCAAUGUAUGGUCAUGUUGAGAAACUGGCUGAAGAAAUAAGGAAAGGAGCUGCCUCUGUUGAAGGCGUUGAAGCUAAACUAUGGCAGGUGCCAGAGACACUCCCAGAAGAAGUACUCUCUAAGAUGAGCGCACCACCAAAGAGUGAAUCACCAAUCAUCACACCCAACGAGCUAACCGAAGCUGAUGGCUUUGUCUUUGGAUUCCCAACGAGGUUCGGUAUGAUGGCUGCUCAGUUCAAGGCCUUCUUGGACGCUACCGGUGGACUCUGGAGGACUCAGUCGCUCGCCGGUAAACCAGCUGGUAUCUUCUACAGCACUGGCUCUCAAGGUGGUGGCCAGGAAACCACCGCAUUGACGGCGAUAACUCAGCUGGUUCACCAUGGGAUGGUGUUUGUCCCCAUCGGUUACACAUUUGGUGCUGGAAUGUUCGAGAUGGAGAAUGUGAAAGGAGGUAGCCCGUAUGGAGCUGGAACAUUUGCGGGAGAUGGGUCGAGGCAGCCAACGGAGCUGGAGUUGCAGCAAGCGUUUCACCAAGGCAAGUACAUUGCAACCAUCACCAAGAAGCUCAAGGGAUCUACCACUGCUUAGAGCGCUUUUUAAAGAGUAUCAAGAAGGAAAAAAAAAGAUACCGGUUUGGUUCUGCUGUUUUAUACAUACAAUCAUAGAUUCUUUCUCUCUUUUGUGAUUUGUUCGGGUUUAAUUAUCUGUCAACUACAUGGUAUUAUUUUACAGUAAUAAUAAUUCUUGUCUUGGUUUUUACGUAUAGAUAUGUAAUGAUUUGUACUUGUGUUGCACUCCAAACAAAACUUUCAAAGUAAUUAUGUUUUAUGUUUGGUU